UAGAGAGGCAGAAAUGCUUCCAGGAGCCAACAAAUGCAGGAAGGAUGAGAACUGAUAGUGCUGACAGGAAGCUUUGAGAGGGAUGUGCUGGAGGUGCUGAAUCCCAGCCAUGUGAAAAAGUAAUUUGUCACAAGGGGAACAGUGGCAUGUGCUCCCCUCUCCUUCUGAGAAGAGGGAAAGGGAAAGGAGAAUGAGGGAAAAUAAAAGGCAGGGAAAUGACAAGAAAGAAAAGGAGAAAGGAAAAGGGAAAGAAAAGAGGGAAGAGGAAGGAAAGGAAAAAAGCCAAACAGAGGCUGGGAAGGGAAGGAAGAACAGGGAUUAUCUUGGAGUUUGGAAAGCAGGAUCUGACCUGCUGACACCCCUUACCCAGCAAAUUCAGACUGGAUGUUAUUGCCAUGGAAAGGAGAACAAAUAGCCUAAAACUCCAGGCUCUAUCCACCCCCUCCUGGCUGGCUCCUUGGCUGUGCCACAUGUUGGCUGUGCUGGCUGCAAGGGCUGCAGCAAGGCUCCUCUGGGGUCUCUGAUUUCCAGCACCAGCAGAUUUGAACCUCCCUUUGGCACAUAAUGCCCACCACAAUUCCUAAGGCAAGAGAAGAGGGACCUCACUAGGGACCCCUCCCUCAUUUUCAUGCUGUACACACUGAACUGUGCAACAUCAGAGGGAAAGUGAGAGAUUUGUCACCAUCCAAGCCCCUAAAAGCAAAAUGCAAAGGGUCAGAUGGAGCUUGGCACAGGGACAGGCACUCCCAGCUCCCAGGAUAGCACAAAAUUAGUGAGGAAUUCUGCAGCAUAAGGGGAACAAGCCUGGGGGUCCGCACAAAAGCGCUGCAGGUGACUGCACCCUCUUCAAACAUUUCUGUCCAGCUCCAAUCUCUGAGUAAGUCCUGUCCAUGAAAAACAGCAUCUCCCCAGACACUUCCCACUUCAAUUUGUUAAAAAAUUAUAUCAGAUUCCAAGGAAGAAUGUAAUUUGGAGACACACCUCUGAUGCCAGCUGCCUGUGUGUCUAUCCCAGCACUGAAACUGGAGAAGGCAAAGGGAUUUCACCAAGCUUUGGGACCCACUGUCCCUAAAAACAAUUACUGUUCUCUGGGGGAGAGCAAGGAGGGCACUGUGCCUGUGCACUAACUCAGCACUGAGAGUGGCCCUUUGGCAUUCCCAAAACAGGGAUUCAACCCCCAGCACAGCAAUUCAAUCUCUACACCUUUAGCAUGGACAAAAUGAGGAUGAUUCCAGGGCUCUGAGGCUGAGGAUGGAUGUCAGCACCUCUUUGCUUUCUGCUCUGCUGAGCCAGGCAGGCUUUCAGACCAUCCUCUUCCUGAGGGUCUGAGGCCACAAGGGACGUGGAAAGAGAUCCAAGCAGCUCUGCCACGCUGUAGCCCCUCAGUUAUUUACUUUAAAAUAUUAAAUUCCACACAUAGUUCCUGUUGUCCCAAGGGCAGCUGUGGAACACAGAAGCUGCCAGCAGAGCUGCUCUCAGAGGAGGGCAGCAGAGGCCCCCAGACACCAGCACAUCCCUCCACAGACAGCAGGACACUUGGGGGGUUGUUGUUCCAUGUCCCCAGAAGCAGCCAAACUGCUCCCAACAGCUGCAGGAAAUGUCUCACCUGAAGAAUUUUGGUCUCCCUGCUGUGUGUGGGGAUGAGAGUUCAGGCACUAAGACCCUCAAGGUCGAUCUUAGCCUCCUGUUCACCAAUCCCAUCCCUGGAAGUGGACCACAUUCCCUUCAGAGAGGGUCCCCCUGCUCUCAUCUCCCUUCACAGAGCACUGAAUCCCAUGUUUUAAACUAUGAUCUCCCUGCCACUGGCAGCAAUUCCCAGGACUGCUGGGAGAGACCAGAAAUCCCACAUCAGGCAGAUGCCAGGCAGCCCCUGCUCCAGAGGAGCAGUGAAACAACCCACUCCCCUUGUCAAGGAUCAGCCACAGGAAGGAGAAAACUACAGCUGGGACAAAGUGAUCCCAAUGACUGAUGUUAAGUGUCAAAGACAAGGCACAAGAGAAAGUUGGUUAUUACAGGAGCCUGGGUCUCCAGCUGCUCUUACCUGCAAGGAUCAGACCUGUGCUUCCUCUCCACAGUGUCCUACAGCUGCCUAAACGAUGGAAGACCAGUUACUUAAGAAAAGACUUUGAUUCAGAGCACCAUAGAAAGGGAAUGUCCUGAAGACCUGACCAGAGGCAUUGAGGAGGUGGUGGAAGAGAAGGAUGGUCACAACUGGGAAAGAGCAGGAGCAGAAAAGGGUCUAAGGAUCCUGGAAAGACAGAGGAAAAGAGUCCCCUGGCUUGGUGGAAGUUUGAGGGCAAGGCAAGGACCAAUGUUUCCCAGGAUGUCAUGCAAGGAAGCACAGUGACAGCUCUCCAGCACUACUGGAAAAGCAAGAGCAAAAGAAAGUGAACACAUGGAAAGAGUCUCAGAGAGCCAGUGGCAGAGUGGAAAUGCCCAGCAUCCAAACCACAGCCAGAAGAGGCGGCAAACUCAUCCAGGGACAGUGAGGCAUGUGGGAAACAUCCUGUGAGAACCAGGCAGAGCAUGGGCCAGGUGUUUCACUGACCUAGGGAAAGAUGGCAGCCCCCAAGCGUGCCGCGUUUUACAGCCUUGUUGGAAAAUUCCAGCCCUGGAUAAUCUCCUGGGGUUCCUGUAAGAUUGUGACACAGAGAGAGGGACCAAACAGGAAAGAAUUAGAGGAAAAAUGCCUCCCUUCUGGCAGCCACCAUGGCUGUGCCAGGAGUUAGCAGCAGCAGAGCAGCCAGCCCUGCCUCCCCCUCCUCCGUCCACCCCUAUAAACACGCAGGGCUUACUCAGAAGAUUAGGAGAGAACAGGGCAAAAGACAACAGAGUCUCUUUUGUAAUGAGGAGGGAUUACGGCAUCAAGUGACCGGCUGCAGCUCCCAAGUGGGUCUCAGGCUCCUUAGCACACCGUGUGGGGCAGGUCCAAUCCCCCUAUGAGCCAAGGGGGCACGAGGAGGCGGGCGGUGGCCCGGGCCACAAAGGACCCAGCGGGGACACGUGCAGGACCAAACCUCCCCAGCCUCCAGCACGGCUCAGGAGCCCAUGACUGUGAGUAUCUGGUCCUCCUGACAGCAGCAGGAGGAUCACUCUCUCCUGGAGAGAUCCUGCCUAUCUGUGACCUCCUCUGGCUCUGUCCCUCUGCUCUGUCUGCUCGCUGUCCAUCUCUGUGAUACCUGCUCGGGUCUGUUUGCGGUGGGUGAUGCACCUGAUGUCCCACAGUCUUGCUUGCUGCGGUCUCCCACAACUGAGUUCCAGGUCAGUCGACUUCCAGGGGUGUUGGUUAGUCCAGAGGGAUGAGCAGGGGACACAGGCAGUGGCAGGCAGCAGCUCCCUAGGUGGGCUCUUCCUGCCCAUGCUGCCUCCCACCAUGGACCUCGGCCACAAAUGGAAUGUGCCAGCUGCCCAGUGACAUCCCAGGGCAGCCCAGCACGGGCUGGCAGGUGAGCAGGGAGGUGCCUUAACCAUUCAGGGCUGGAGGGAAAAGCACUGGGAAAAGCCCCAUAUCCCACAUGGGAGCGGAACGGAGUAGAGGUGGGCAACAUCCAUCACUUACAUGGACAAGAGCUGGAGUUUUCCUUCUUUGGUCAAAAAGUGAAUCUGUAUUUGAAUUACGCAACGAAGAAUCUCCCUGAGCGCUUUCGAGCCCUAAAGCCCAGAGAAAAGAUGCAGCUUCGUGUAAGGGGUCCCAAAAAUGUACGGGGUUUUGGGCAAGCUUUUCUCUUCCGGACAGGCUGUGUGUGCAACCUCUGGGGCAGUUAAAACCCACUCUUUCCACUCUGUGUCACUCUUCUGUGCCCAUAUGGAAUAGACACAAGGAUUUACUGAAAUGAGCAGUAAAUGCAGCUGGGGAAGGGACAGCUCUGCUCCUCUAUAUCACCCUUAAGAGGAGACUCAGGGACCUGAGUUACGACAGGGAAACCCAAAGGAGGAGCAGCACCAAAAAGCCAAACUCAGACUGGGUUUGAGGACAAAACCAGCCAAACUCAGACUGGGUUUGAGGACAAAACCAGCCAAACUCAGACUGGGUUUGAGGACAAAACCAGCCAAACUCAGACUGGGUUUGAGGACAAAACCAGCCAAACCCAGAUUGGGUUUGAGGACCAAAACCAGCCAAACCCAGACUGGGUUUGAGGACAAAACCAGCCAAACCCAGACUGGGUUUGAGGACAUCUUUGGGACAAAGAUGCAGCUUGGUUGCAAUAGCUGAAAAUCCAGACUGCUGGUUUUCUUCACAGCAGCAGCUCACUGGGACCUGAGUUGUCCCCACAGAAGUUUAAAUCUUCCACUAGGAUGCUUAAAUGAGAAACAAAUGAGGAACAUGGGGCCAAACUUACCUGCCUUCAGCUGCUUCAGGGUGUGAACUGUCCCUUGAAGUGCUUCUUCAUCCCCAUAAUUCAGGCAAGAGCCCAAGGCCCCAGAAUCAUCAACAUUAUUACCUCUGUUAAAUAGCAAUGUCUGAUGACAUGUAAGGAUUCAGAAAUACUGUAGUUUCACACUGGAUAAUUAUUUCUAACCCAAGAAAUCCUUCGCCCAUCUGCCUGGCAUGGCUAACACUGCUGUCUUCUUGUUUGUUGGGGUGUUUUUAAAAUAAAUUCAGGUUUAUGCAACUAUGAGUCUGAUUAUUAACUGAUCAUAAAGAAUUAUUUAUGCAGGUUAGACUAGAAGUGAAAUGAGGAUGCUGCAUGUCUGGGGAGCACUUCAGGAGCCUGAAUGCCUAUUUUUCAGCCACUGUGAUUUAUUGUGCAACAUAUGGUUGAAGGAGAGGGGAGGUGGAGCUGCUGGAAUUUGGGCCCUGUGAGCCUGGCCAAACUCCAUCCCACAGAUCUCCAAUAGGGAAGGCUGCUCUGCCUGCAGGACUAGGACCAGCAGAGUGCAGACAGCUAUCCUUACUGGGAUGCCUUCAUCUGGAUCUGUCCCAAGAAAUCUUUCUAGGGUUUUUCCUUUCCUUUGGGUUGGGGAUUUUUUUCCAGCAGUAUUCCAGGAAGAUGUUUCCCAGCAAGUAGGUUUACAGAAACAUAUUUGGAACAAAAACUGUAUUAACUUACUGGGAUAAGCACAAACUUUGGAGUUUGUGACCCUGAGAUUAAUCUCACCACAACUAUUUUGUGGAAGGGGGUGGCAAAGGUGGGCUUUGUCCUCUCCAACCAACCAGCCCUACUUGAAUGCUGACAAAAACCAAACACUAAAAACAAAGGGAUCCACUUUUACAACAUCUUUGGGAUCCUUAUGAUCCAAGAGAUCUAAAUACAUCCUUGGUCACUAUAACCAGCUCGAGGACAGAGAAAAGAUAGCAAACUCAUCAAAUUAAUUGCCUACCAAAGAUUGCCUCCUGGUUUUCUGCACUGCUGCCUCCAUUUUACCUGGCUUUUGAUCUCAGCCCAUUCUGUUUUCUCCUUCCUUUCCGUCUUGCUGGGUGGGACACUUGGGAUGUCCCUGUGUCCUCCUCCUGCUCAAGCUCCAAGCCCUGCUUGUCAUGUGUCUGCCCAGGAGCUGUGAUGACAGUGACCUACACCAACCGCGUGGCCGAUGCCCGCCUGGGCACCUUCUCCCAGCUCCUGCUCCAGUGGAAAGGCAGCAUCUACAAACUGCUCUACUCUGAGUUCCUCAUCUUCAUCUCGCUCUACUUCACCAUCAGCCUUGUCUACAGGCUGAUCCUCAGUGAGAGCCAAAGGCUGAUGUUCGAGAAGCUGGCGCUGUACUGCAACAGCUACGCUGAGCUAAUCCCCGUGUCCUUCGUGCUGGGUUUCUAUGUGGCCCUGGUGGUGUCCCGCUGGUGGGCCCAGUACGAGAGCAUCCCCUGGCCAGACCGGAUCAUGAACCUGGUGUCCUGCAACGUGGAUGGGGAGGACGAGUACGGGAGGCUCCUGCGCCGCACCCUGAUGCGCUACAGCAACCUGGUCAGCGUGCUGAUCCUGCGCUCCGUCAGCACCGCCGUCUACAAGCGCUUCCCCAGCAUGGAGCACGUCGUGAGGGCAGGCCUCAUGACACCAGAAGAGCACAAGAAGUUUGAGAGCUUGAAUUCCCCCCACAACAAGUUUUGGAUCCCGUGCGUGUGGUUCUCCAACCUGGCCGUGAAGGCGAGGAACGACGGGAGGAUCCGGGACAGUGUGCUGCUCCAAGGCAUCCUGAACGAGCUCAACACCUUGCGCAGCCAGUGUGGGAAACUCUAUGGGUACGACUGGAUCAGCAUCCCCCUGGUCUACACCCAGGUGGUGACCGUGGCUGUUUACAGCUUCUUCCUGGCCUGUCUGAUCGGGAGGCAGUUCCUGGAUCCAGAGAAAGCAUAUCCUGGCCAUGAGCUGGAUCUCUUCGUGCCCGUAUUUACGUUCUUGCAAUUCUUCUUCUACGCUGGCUGGUUAAAGGUGGCCGAGCAGCUCAUCAACCCUUUUGGGGAGGAUGAUGAUGACUUUGAAGCCAACUGGCUCAUCGACAGGAACCUGCAGGUCUCCCUCAUGGCAGUGGAUGAGAUGCACCAGGAUUUACCCAUUCUGGAGAAGGACCUGUACUGGAACGAGCCCGAUCCCCAGCCCCCCUACACUGCAGCCACCGCCGAGUACAAGCGCCCAUCCUUCCUGGGCUCCACUUUUGACAUCAGCAUGCAGAAGGAAGAGAUGGAGUUCCAGCCCCUGGAGCAGAUUAAAGAGAAUGAGGAGGCCAACCACUCCACUCCCUUGCUGGGACACCUGGGCCGCCUCCUGGGUGUCCAGUCCCCGAGCUUCUCCAGGUCCUCUUCCCGGAUGAACCUGCUGCGCCGGCGAGCAGAUCCCGCGUCACCCUUCUCCCAUUACACCUACCAGGACAUGGGCAAGGCCGGGAGCCCUUGUGGCAUCAACCAGCCAAGGGGAGACUCCCAGGAGCAGUGGGACAGCGAAGAGGGGAAGCUAAGGGAGUUUGACGCUUUCAUGUCCACCCCCUUUUACGAGAGGCCUGGCUUCUACAGCGCUCCACAGACGCCCAUCAGCUCCAUCCCCAUGAUCUUCCCUUCCCGACGCCAAGGGCGCAAGAAGCCGCCGGCGCUCUCCAGCAUCGCCGCGUGCUCCACCUCCCUCCGGGAUGUCAUUGUCAACGCCUCCCCUUCCAGGGCCAGUGACGUGGACAAGAGCCAGAGCUCCCUGGGCUCUGCUGCAAAGGAAACCUUUGUCUGGCCAACAGAGCGGAGCAAAGGUCCCGACUCCACGGCUGUGACAGUAGAAGAAGCAAAGAGCAGCUCCAGGGAAGCUGCCACCACGGGAAGCCCAGCAGCGCACUCCACAGCAUCCAACAGCCCCAAAUUCCCCUUCCUGCCAGAGCCCCCUGAGCACGAGAAGCAAGGCAGCUUCAAGAGCCUCAAGAGCUCCAAAGCCUCGCACCCACCCUGGCUAAACCUGGAGAGCACGGCCUCGGCCACUCCCAGCUCGGAGCACUCCGGUGCCUUCCACACCCCCAGUAGCAAAACCCCCGGGGGCAGCACCUCACUCUGCUUCUCCUUCACUCCUGUCACCUCUCCAGCGCUGGAAAGGUCCCACAAGGGCAGCCUGGGCCCUGAGGCACGCAGCCUGAGCUUGGAAGAUGCAGCCAGCGCUGCAGAGCAGCACCCAGAGGUUUCCAGGAACAUGAGAGACACUGGGAAUGGAAACAGCAACGUCCCAGCUCCCAAAGAGCCCAGGAGAGCAGAGAGUCCAUCCCCCAAUGACUCUGGAAUCUCCCUAGCCGAGGGUGACUACGUGGGGCUGAUGGAAGUGAUCCUGGAGGCCAGUGAAAGCCCAGGGGAGGAGCAGAUGGACCAGUACAGCUAAAGGGGAUCCAUGGGAUACCUCCCUGAUCCUGACACUCACUCAGAGGUGCUGCACACGCAGCUGGAGCCCAGCCUGGGCUGAAACCAGCACUAAGGACACGCUGCUCCUGGCCUCAGCUGCAGCAGCAGGCACAACUCCUGUUGCAACAAGAACAAAAGCACCAAAAAACCCCAUCUGUAGCAAAAGCACAAGACUUGGAGUGUUAAAUACUGCAGGCACCAGCCUGAGCAGCCAAGCGUAACCCAAAACAGGAGCACAGUUCACGUGGAUACUUCCCUCCUCCUCCUCAUGGCAAGAAUGAGAACUUGAGUCCUUCCUCAAGCAGGACUUGCACUCCUAAAAAGAUAUUCCAGGGAAAAGUAAGGGACUGAAAAAGUCCCAUCAUUUGUGAUGCAGACCCAGAGUGCCUCCUCCAGUCCUGUCUGGCUGGUAUUUUCCAGUACUAGGGAAGUACUGGGAUAAGGCCAGGGUAAGGUCCUGCCAGCAGAGGCAGCUGCAGCAUCUGCCCAGCACAUUGCUUCCUUCUGAAGUUCCACAUUCCCCACCACUGAUCUGACAGUGCUCAGAGAGAGCUGGAUGGCAGCAGACACCACUCGGCUGAUUUUUACUGCCCACCCUCAGAAAAUAAAAGUGAGGCUCAAGCCCAGGACCUUGGUUUCAUUUCUUCAUUUUAGUU